AGCUAAGCGGAUCUGAGGGAAGGGGGUUUGGCUGAUGCGAUAGGAUGAAAGGGUGGAACAGCUUGAUGUGCUUCAUGACGCCGUGCACACAAGGGGGGCGGUGCGUGGGCGAACGACGGGUGGUGCCCAUUCUUGCCGCAACACCAAGCCAUCAGACGAGCCCUGCCAGCAUUCCCUUGUCAUCGAUCAUGCCGGUGGAAUGUGCGCACAGCAUGAGCUGCGCUAGCUUUCAACGCUUCUACACACACCCACCCAUAGCUUUGCCUAGCCAGCACGUGGUUGAUCGACAUGGUCACGAUAUUCAGUGGGCAGGCUAACGUCACGACAGCGGAUGCAUAACGAAUGACAUGGAU